CACUGGAUAUCAUCAAUACCUUCCUCUGCAUCGCCAUAACCCACAUAUUUUCCUUCCCAUAAUCUCCAAUUCUCCAUCUCAACAAAACAACCAGACCAGGCCGCAAACAACAUGCCUCCUAUGUUGCCGGAAUUCUCCAGCUCCGUCAAGCUCAAGUACGUCAAACUAGGUUACCAGUACUUAGUUAACCACAUUAUCACCCUCACUCUCAUCCCUAUCAUGGUCGCCAUCUUUAUCGAGGUCUUACGUUUGGGCCCUUCCGAGAUUUUGAACCUCUGGAAAUCUCUCCACUUCGACCUCGUUCAGAUUCUCUGUUCCGCUUUCCUCAUCAUCUUCAUGGCCACUCUCUAUUUCAUGUCCAAGCCUCGUACCAUAUACCUCGUCGAUUAUUCCUGCUUCAAGCCCCCCGUCACGUGCCGUGUCCCUUUCUCUACCUUCAUGGAACAUUCCAGACUCAUCCUCAGGAGCAACCCUAAGUCCGUCGACUUCCAGAUGAGGAUUCUUGAGCGUUCUGGACUCGGAGAAGAAACCUGCUUGCCUCCGGCGAUUCACUAUAUUCCUCCAAAACCUACCAUGGAAGCUGCCAGAGCGGAGGCCGAGCUGGUCAUUUUCUCCGCCAUGGAUUCUCUCUUCAGAAAGACCGGGCUCAAACCCAAAGACAUAGACAUCCUCAUAGUGAACUGCAGCCUCUUCUCUCCCACCCCUUCUCUGUCCGCCAUGAUUAUAAACAAAUACAAACUCAGAAGCAACAUCAAGAGUUUCAAUCUCUCCGGCAUGGGCUGUAGCGCGGGGCUGAUUUCAAUCGACUUAGCUCGCGAUCUUCUUCAAGUUCAUCCAAAUUCAAAUGCUGUGGUCGUGAGCACCGAAAUUAUUACCCCUAAUUAUUACCAAGGCAACGAGAGAGCCAUGCUUCUCCCCAACUGUCUUUUCCGAAUGGGCGGCGCAGCGAUCCUCCUAACGAACCGCGGGUCCGAGCGCCGGCGAGCCAAGUACAGAUUGAUCCACGUUGUACGGACGCACAAAGGAGGCGAUGACAAGGCGUACCGGUGCGUGUUUGAAGAAGAGGACAAAGAAGGAAAGGUCGGGAUUUCUCUCUCCAAGGAUCUGAUGGCCAUAGCAGGAGAAGCACUGAAGUCGAACAUAACGACGAUGGGGCCGUUGGUUCUUCCGGCGUCGGAGCAGCUCCUUUUCCUCUUGACUCUGAUCGGAAGGAAAAUCUUUAACCCCAAGUGGAAGCCAUAUAUCCCAGACUUCAAGCAAGCGUUCGAGCAUUUCUGCAUCCACGCCGGAGGUAGGGCGGUGAUCGAUGAGUUGCAGAAGAAUCUACAGCUUUCGGCGGAGCACGUGGAGGCGUCGAGGAUGACACUUCACCGGUUCGGAAAUACAUCGUCGUCGUCGCUGUGGUACGAACUGAAUUACAUAGAAUCGAAGGGAAGGAUGAAGAAAGGAGAAAGAGUGUGGCAGAUAGCGUUCGGAAGUGGAUUUAAGUGUAACAGUGCGGUGUGGAAAUGUAACAGAACAAUCAAGACGCCGAUUGAGGAUAGUCCCUGGGCAGAUUGCAUUGAUCGGUACCCAGUUCAUAUUCCUGAGAUCGUUAAGCUCUAGGCAACCAAAGUUCAAGAAGAACGGGGUUGAUUGUUCGUUGGCCUCACUGCAAUUGUAGUUGCUGAUGAUGAUGAUGAUCUGUCAUACUUCUUCACUGCUUUUACUCGCCAGAAUUAUUAUUAUCUCUUAUUUAUUUUGUGUUUCCUGAUCUUUGCGCCAUAGGAGAAAAAAAAAAAAUCAAUGUAGUCUCUGGUCAUACAUAUGAUUAUUCAGAUUUGAUCUGUAGAUCAACUCUGACGUGUUGUAUGUGAACACCAGACUCUUGAGUCAUAUUUGUUAUCCCACUUUUUUUGAGAAAAUAUUUAUUUUUCUUUGAGGAGAAUUA